GGAAGUCGCGCCGGUGCGCGCCGGACUCCUCCCACCAGCGGCGACGUCAAACUCAGCUCCUACCACUUCUCUGUCUCCGCCGACCGGCGCAGGGAGGGCUGCCUUUUCCUCACCGUAUGCCUUCAGGCUUCCGGGCCGCUGAACUUUACGAGCGAGGGCAGUGCAGUUACUCAGUGUGCCGGCCUCGGACGCACGUGAGUAGAGUUUGAGAGGACAGAGGCUGGCUCCCGGCAGGCCACGCCCGCAGAGGCCUUUCCCCCUCUCCACAACUUGUGCUCUACUUGGUUCCGCCGAGACCCACGACGGUUCCGCCCCCUUCUUCCUUGUCAUUGAUGUUGUUGUUCUUGUCAGUGCCGCAGCCCCGACCGCCGGGAGCUCGAACCCGAGCCGGGGCCGCCCGGGUAGCGCGGUGGCGGCGGCUGCGGCUGCAGCAGCUGCGACGGCUGCGGGGGCUGCUCCGGGUACUGCGGGGGCGGCCGGGAGCCGGCAGCCGGCGGCGGGGCCGGAUGGCUCUGUGCGGGCAGGCGGCGGGCGCUGCGUCGCUGCCCAGCGAGCUGAUCGUGCACAUCUUCUCUUUUCUGCCGGCGCCCGAUCGGCUGCGGGCCUCGGCCUCCUGCUCGCACUGGCGUGAGUGCCUCUUCUAUCCGGCCCUUUGGCCCCAGCUCCGCAUCUGCCUCCGCGUCUCGCCCGCGGAGCAGCCUCGGCUGGAAUUCCUCAUGCGCAAGUGCGGCUGGUUCGUGCGAGAGCUGCGUGUUGAAUUCGCCGCCGAGAACUACCUGAGCGGCGGUGGCCCAGGCGACGGAGGUGGCGCGGACACCGGGACUGGAGGGGAGGAAGUCGAGGCCCUGCAGCUCUCAGCUCGUUGGCUGGAAGUGCUGCGCACCUACUUGGAGCUGGUGCUUUGCGUGCUGGUCAGCAUCCGGAACAACAGGAACCUUCAGAAGUUUAGUCUUUUUGGAGACAUAAGUGUUCUACAACAGCAAGGAAGUUUGUCAAAUACAUACCUCAGCAAGGUGGACCCUGAUGGCAAAAAAAUUAAACAAAUUCAGCAACUGUUUGAAGAAAUCCUGAGUAAUAGUAGGCAACUGAAAUGGCUGUCCUGUGGGUUUAUGCUGGAAAUAGUAACCCCAACAUCACUGUCAUCUCUCUCUAAUGCUGUUGCCAACACCAUGGAGCACCUGAGUUUACUGGACAAUAAUAUUCCUGGUAACAGCACUCUUAUUACUGCAGUUGAACUGGAGCGAUUUGUGAAUCUGCACUCACUUGCCUUGGAUUUUUGUGACUUUACAGCGGAGAUAGCAAGAGUCUUAACUGAUAGCAACCAUGUGCCUUUGCAACGACUGUCUCUUCUGGUUCACAAUGUUUCCGUAAUGCACAAGUCUCUGGACAACAUGCCAAAUGAUGAGCAUUGGAAAGCCCUGUCGCGAAAGAGCACCAGCCUUCGGGUCUAUAUAAUGGCUUUUGAUAUCAAGAGUGAAGAUAUGUUAAAGAUUCUGAAACCCAGUAUACCACUAGAGAGGAUUCAUUUUGAUAGCUAUAUCACUUGUGUUUCAGGGGCUAUUGUUGAUCUUAUAUCCAGGCAAUAUGACAAGUUCCUCACUCAUUUUAUCUUAAUGAAUGAUGUGAUUGACACAUCUGGUUUUCCAGAUCUUAGUGACAACCGAAAUGAAGAUCCGUUGGUUUUAUUAGCAUGGAGGUGCACAAAGCUCUCUCUUCUGGCAAUUCAUGGUUACACGGUGUGGGCACACAACCUCAUUGCCAUUGCUCGUCUUCGGGGCUCUGAUCUGAAAGUGCUUGAAGUCACCGAAGAAAGUAUUGAUUUUGACCAAGGUGAACUGGCCGACCAGGAUGUAGAUCCAGUGCAUAACCUUAUUGAGCAGGUAUCCCUGGGCCUGGGUCAACCUUGGCACGCAGUCAUGGACAUCGAAUCACUCAGUGUCUUCACUGAACCAAAUCGUCAUUUUUACAGAGAGAUGCAAAGCUUCAGUGAAGACAUUUAGCUUUUUUUUAAUGUAGAAUUCCUGUGGUUACAUAUGCAAGUAGGGUCCUAUUAUGUUUUUUUUUUUCAGUAGUGUGAAUUAAUCCUUUUGUGCUGUGUUUAAUCAGUAUUAGCUUUAUAGAAUUAUAUAUGUAUAUUCUACUUCUUGAUCAAAGAACGUAGUCGGGUAUUGGUUUAGAAGUUCAAAGUGACAAUGUAUAGGGCUUUCACGGUUAAUGGACUUGUUACCAAACCUUAAGGAUAUACAGCCGAAGAUUGUCUGAGGUUGCUGGCUAACUUUUUCACUGAGUUACUCUGCCUUUUUGACGUUUUUAUUCUUUGUGUGUCAGAGUUCAGAGCUCAGGAGCCAAAAUAUUUUUAUACAUAUAUAGAUAUAUAUCCAUAGCCUGGUAGAUUUAUAUGCAAUGCACUGCAUCCAUGCAUUCUGAUAGCAUUUCGUUAAUUUUGAUUUCAAAUGGAAGAUAAAUAAUAUCCCAAAUGAAUUAUCUGUAACAGAAAAGCCAAGACUUUAACUUUCAUUACAUAUCUAAUAGUUGGUAUCACCAGUUACCAUUUUGAAAUUUGUAUAGUACUAGGUUAGAACAUUGCUUAAUCUUUUUUUAAAAAAAAAAAUGCAUUUACGUAAACAUGAAUACUGAAAUUGUUGGAUUUUUAAACUGUAUCUGACAUAAUAUUCAUCAAUUACAUUACACAUUCAUAUAUUCAUCAUACACAUAUUCAUCAGUUACAUUACACAUUCAUUUAGCCCAGAUUUCAAAUAGUGGGGGAAGAAAGAAACUGUAUUUCCGAGUAAAACCUUCUAAAGGAAAUAAAAAUACAGAGUUGUAAAUACACAUGCUUGCAAAAACAUUAGUCGUGAAAUCCCUAGCAACAAGUCACUGGAUUUUUCUCUGUCAGCACGCAUGUCAGCUGCCAAAGAAUAGACUUAAUGAAGAAGUGCCCACAUGCUGGCAGGGGCUGGCCCACUCUGGCCAGCCAGAUACUGCUAGAUUGUAAUAUUUAAGGUCGAAUUUCGACCUGUGGUACACAGCUGUGCUGUGGCUCAGUCAGCAACCUCAGAACUCUGAAAAAACAAAACAAAAAAAAAAAAAGAAAAAAAAAACAUGCACCUGUUUCACUGUGAAUAGUGAAUGUAAAGGAAAGAAAGGAAAAACUGAAAGCUUGUUCUAUCACAGGUAUGAGCUGCUAUGAUACAUGAAGAACAUUCCAUGAAGUAUGUUUUAAAACCUUGUUAUAUCUGAGAGGCUUUAAAAGCCUAUUAACUGUUUCAGGGCAACCGCGGUACAGACGUGGUCUCUGUGAGACUUCCACCUGACCCCAGUUUUAAGUGGUACGAAUGUUGUGCAUUUAAUGUUAAAGGACAGUCUGCAAUAAUAAAGUAAGUAGCCAACCUGGGUGCCCAGCAGUGCUGAGACCUGGCUGCUCUAUUGUAAGCUUUGGAAACACAAUUUAUGCAACAGAUGUCCAGAUAUGAUUCUAUUUAUGGAAAAAAGUUUAUAUGUGUUUUACAAAUGGUUUUACCAUCUUAUAUUAAAAUGACCUUUUGACAGGUGUGCACUGUUUUGUCUCCAGUGAGCACAUACCAUGCGGAUUUUAUAUGUACAUCAGUAGUGUGAAUCCACUGGCACAGUGUGUGUAAAUGCCAGAUGUGGUGAGAUUUUAUCUUAUAAAUGUGAUCAGAUAAAAUAACUCCUGACAGAAACUGUAAGGAAACCAGCUGAAUGUUUGACCUGAUGACUGAUGUUGUAUGGUUUAUGUUAAAUGUAUAUUCUUUUAAUCAAUGAAUAAAGCAUUAAAAAUGAUCAUUGUAAUAUAUUUUAUUGUAUAUGAAGCAUGACUACUUUUAGUGUUAAAUAAACUGCAAUAAUCCUUA